AGGAGGGGGAAGAGAUAUAGGUGGAGGAGGAGAGGCGGGAGGAGCACGAGGACGAGCGGGAGGAGCGGGAGGAGGAACGGGUGAAAGAGCAGGAAGCAGCGGGAGAAGGAGAAGCAGCAGGAGGGAGAGCGGAAGAAGGAGGAGGAAGAGGAGAGGGAGGAGCAGCAGGAGAACGAGCGGGAGCGGGGCUAUGGCGGGAUGUUUGUCACGUUCUUUGGCGGAGGAGCGGGAGGGGGAGGAGGAGGAGGAGGAGGAGGAGGAGAAACGGGAGAAGGCACGGGAGGAGGCGUGGGAGAAGGAGCGGGAAAGGAGCUGGAGCGGGGCUAUGGCGCGGGAAGAGGAGCGGGAGGAGGGGGAGGAGGAACGGGGGGAAAAGCAAAAGAAGCAGCGAAAGGAAGGAGCGGGAGGAGAAGCAAGAGAGGGAGCGGGAGAAGGAGAGGGAGGAGGAGAGGGAGGAGGAGCAGGAGAAGAAGCAGGAGCGGGGCUAAGGCGGGAUCUUUACGAGUUCUAACCCAGAUACCAUCGGUCCGGCGUCGGAAUACGAUCAUUCUGGAUUGCCUGGCACCGGUCAGGGCAAACACACACACACACAAAAACGAAAAAGAGGGUUUGUUAUCGGGUGGACAUCUGGCGAGCAGCGGGGCCAGGGCCUUCGCUGCACGACUCUCCAAAUGCAAAAAAAGUCAAAAAAGAAAUGGGCGGUGUAUCUUUCCAUUCCAUGUCCUAGAGGACGAUUCAUUGAGUCUCGCCGCAUGGAACACGAAACGAAAACGAAACGAGUGCAUCUGCCCACGAAGGGUGGCAAAUACACUCGUUACUAUCUAUAGCAAACCGAUGAA